AUGGAGGACAAUAUUGAGUUAAUUCUGCAAGACCUCAACAACAGACCCAAUCCUGUAUUUUCAGCCUGCACAGGUGCUCUGUUCACAGGACUGUACGGAGUCUGGAGUCUCUUUGCAGUGCCUGGCUUUCGCAAAAUCCCGUGGAGUCUCAAGGUGCCUUAUUUGCCCUCCAGUAAAAGUCAGACGCUGAACACUAUGAAGCUGCUUGAAGGACGAACCGGUCGCUUAGUAGAUCUGGGAUCGGGAGAUGGAAGACUGGUGUUUGCUGCCUCCUCUGCUGGUUUCCAGUGUACAGGGUUUGAGAUUAACUCUUUAUUAGUGGCCUAUGCCAGGAGCAAGGCUCUCUGGACAGGUGUUCCCUCCAGUCAAGCGACCUUUGUCAAAAAAGACUUUUGGAAGACUGAUUUGUCUUCAUACAACAACGUGACCGCUUUCCUCGCUCCAGGAGUGAUGGGAGUGCUCGGUGAAAAGCUGUUGAAAGAGCUUCCCGGCGAUGCACGUGUAAUCACGUGUCGUUUUCCUUUCCCCAACUGGCCUCACCGCGUGUCUGUGGGCUCCGGUCUUGACCAGACUUUUGCUUAUGACGUAGACGCUGUGCGCUCACACCUAAGAAUUGGUGUGAGCGCACAGCGAACAGUGGUGUGACAAGUCACAGUCUUUCCGGGUUCUUUUUUUAACCCUGAUCUGUGGUUUUCACAACCCCACAGACACCGGAAAUCAACUAAAAGGUGACAUUUAAAGUCAUAGCACAGGAAAAGCAGUGCAAUAUCCUUAAUAUAUAUCAAAUAUUGCAAGGAGGAAAGGGACUCCUUAUUAGACAAGAUGAUUUCUAGGGUACUUAGACCUAAUCAGUAUUAGUUCAGUCUUUGCACUGAUCACAGAUGCUUAAGAUAUGGUUGUGGCUCCGCUUUGUAAGAACACUAUUCACACUAACACACCUCAUUAGAAGCCUGCUAUGACUGCUAUGUUUGACUCAUAUGUGGUUUGUUAAA